AUGGCUUCGAAAGAUCAGGUCGAGAGUUUAACGGAGGAGGUAGUUUGUCCCAUCUGCCUGGAUUUCUUCACCGAUCCGGUGUCAUUGGAGUGUGGGCACAACUUCUGCCGCUCCUGUAUCACACAGAGUUGGGACAGGGAGGAGAGAAACUCCUGCCCGGAAUGUAGAGAGCAGUUUACAGACCGCACCCUCAGGGUGAGUCGGGCCUUGGCGAGACUGUCUGAGAAAGCUCGAACACUGAGCCUGAAUCAGACAGAGAAGGAAAGUAAACUUCAGUGCGAGGAACAUCAGGAAGAACUGAAGCUGUUUUGUGAAACGGACAAGAAGCUGAUCUGUGUGGUUUGUGCAGGUGGGCGGGAACACAAGUCUCACAGCUUCACGAUGAUAGCAGAAGCUGCAGAAAUCUACAAGGAUCAGGUGAAAUCUUCCAUCCAGUCUCUCACAAAAGAGAAAUCAGAGAUCCAGCAAAUGGAACAGCAACAGAAACAGAAGAUUUCUGGAGUUCUGGAACAAUCACAUGACCUUCAGUCCAGGAUCACAUCCCACUAUGCUGAACUGCACCAGAUUCUCAUUGAGGAAGAGCAGGGCGCACUGGCAGAUAUCCGGGAGGAAGAGAGGAAGAUUCUAAAUACAAUGGAGACAAAUCUUGGAAAUAUUCAAGAGAAUUUAAAAUCCAUUCAGGAGAAACUCUUAAAGUUGCAGCAACAGAUGGAUCAAAAUAACAGUGUGGUGUUUCUGAAGGAGGAAACUGGUCGCAAGCGAAGGGUUAGUGAUGAAGCCAAACCACUGGCGAUGGUAGAUGAAGCCUUGCCGAUUGAAAAAUUUCAUUGCCCUGUUUCGUUCAACACGACAUUCAAAGAAACAUCUGAUGACUUCAAGCAAGCCAGCUUCAUUUCUCCAUCCCCACCGCAAUCUCGCAGUCCUCCACACUCGUCCUCCCCGUCCAUCCUCCCCAUCUCACGAAAUUCCCCUCUCCAUUCUUGGAUAAAGACUCCGGGAAAGGUGUCCGAUGUGGUUGGGGUGAUACCCCGGGCAAGGUUUCAGUUGUCCGCUCACCUGUGCCUGAGCCCGAGCGGCUACCACCCCCGGGGACUCUCUGAUUCUCUGCUUCUCCCCCCAGUCUCCGUCAUCCUGGAUGUGGAAACAUUGAAUCCGAAGCUCGAGGUGUCUGAAGAUCGGAUGGGGGUGAAAGAGAGGCGGAACGGGAGGCGUUUCCCUGUCACCGAGAAGAGUUUUACAAACAGUCCGAGUGUGCUGGGAUCGGAGGGAUUCACAUCGGGAAGACAUUACUGGGAGGUGGACCUGGCGGGGAGUUGGCGCUGGAGGCUGGGAGUCGCCGCAGAGUCUGUGGAGAGGAAGGGACGGUGCACACUGACCCCGGAGACUGGAGUCUGGAGCAUCGGGCGGUGGGGGGGUCACAGGUUUGAAGCGUUAACCUCCCCUCCAUCCCCUCUCACCGCCUGUCCCAUCCCCGAGAGGGUGGGAGUUUAUCUCAGUUACGAGUCCGGGACAGUUUCAUUUUAUGACGCAGACACCAAGUCCCAUGUCCACACCUUCACUGGGAAUGAAUUCACAGAGAAAUGUUACCCUUACAUCUGGACUCAGGAUGGAAGCUGGAUGAGAAUCAGCUCUGGUUCCUCUCCGGAUGUGUAA